AUGGUGGAGUUGCUGGCCUUUGAGGAUGUGGCUAUGUACUUCACCAGAGAAGAGUGGAACAAACUUGACCAGGUUCAAAAGGACUUCUACAGAGAUGUGAUGUUGGAGAAUUACAGAACAUGAUUUUGCUCGGUAAUGACUUGGCUUAAAGAUUUGCCUUCAAGUGCUUUGUGUGUCUACACAAAUCCUCAAUCUCUUUUCUGCGAUU